AUGUCAACUAUAUAUAAGAGAGCUGAGCAAGUGAUCUUCUGGUUGGGUGAAUCCACGCCUGAAACAGAUGUGGUCUUCGAUGCAAUGCAACGUUUAGAAAAAGUGGAAAAAGAAGCCCAGAAAAAUCCGUGGGAGAUUCGGAAGUCCUCAGCAGACAGACGGUGGCUGGAGCUUUGGCCCACUGUUGGAAAUGCAAAUGAAGAUUCUAUCCUGGAACAACGCAAGGGUUUAGAGAACAUUCUGUCUCGACCCUGGUUCACAAGAGCAUGGACCAUUCUGGAAGUCGUCAACGCACAGUCUGCUGAAGUGGCAUGCGGCUGGAAAACAGUAUCAGCUCCCACAUUUGUGGUCGCGCCAUCUCUGCUAGGUGUGACACCCGAUUUCCACUGUCAAGCAGUCAUGGAUAUCAUGCCAGGACCCGGGCGGAACCACUCCUGGUGGACGAAGGACCCAGAUCUCAAAACAAUUCUACUGAAGUUCAAGGGGUGUCAGGCGGCCGACCCCAGGGACAGGAUCUAUGCAUUGGUUGGUCUCUGUCGAGACACACAUACUGAAGCACUGCAUCUAGACUAUACAAAUUCUCUAGCAGAGGUUAUCCAAGACACUGUUGCGGCUUUACUAAGGAUCGACAACGGCUGGAAAUCUACAUGUCUCUUACCUGAGUGGAAUCUGUCGGAGUUCUACAAGAACUUGCCUUCACUAGUCGACAAAGUUAGUAGGUGGGCCAUCAAAGAAGGUCAAACUACCACCUUAGAGACUAUCAUGCACCGAAAUAAUGUCCACGUUGUCGGGGGUAGUUUUGGUCCUGAGAGUCUCUUAUGGGAGGCCAUAGGGCAUCCCCGUACAGCGAUCGUGCAGUUGCUCUUCGAGAUGGGCGCAGACGUGGACUUUCGCAACGAAGAGUCGUGCGAGGCGCUCGUUCUCGCUGUUUGGAAUGGUCACAGGCAAACAGUAAAGCUGUUACUCGAAAGAUUCACCAAAGAUGAUAGAAGCGGGGAUGAUUACAACAACAUCCUUCGUCAUGCAGAUAUUCGAGAGCUACUACCCGAAGCAGGCGACAAUUCUCAUGUUCUCAGAAGAAAGAACGUCGAUGGAUCUCAGGUGACCUCGGCUGAUGACAGCAUCAGCUCUACAAAGAACAGUCAUACAUAUGUCAAUUCGACUAGUGAUCGAGAAGAAUGGGAUGACAUGACAAAAGUCAAUCUGGGAGGAUCCCACCGAGUUCUCGAUACUCGGGUCCAGCAACAGAAGUUCCAAGACGUCGAUGUUCAGUCGCUCGUUUCCGAAGAGGGCGACACGGCCUCCAGCGCCUCAAUGCCUUUGCCAUUUUGGGCUAGCGAGACGGAACUUAUAAUCAUCGGUGUUUUUGCUAAGAGCUCCGUUCUUUCUCCAUUGUACUCAAAGGCGCUGCAACUCAUGCCCGAAGAACGAUUUAUCAACAACUUCAGACGUUUACUGAAGGCUUUCUAUGGAAAUCUCGUAGCAUCCGACAAUUCAAAUGUCACACGCCAGCUUGCAAAACUUUUGAGGUCUAAGCAACGCCAAAGUAGGAUUGCCAGGAUGGUCAUAGCCCGACACGUAGCUCCGCAAAGCUCUUGGAAUGAGGAAGAGCUUGCCAAUUUACGUGAUCAGGAGAAGCAAGCCUAUACAAACGUGGAAAGUUGGCUUGAUAGGACCAUCGUCUCCUCUACCAUUAUCGAUACUCAGGCGGUCCACUCAGCAGACACAAGUAAGGAGUAUGAGAGUGAUGACGACAGUGAUUCCGAGUCAGAUGGGGAAGAGAACAUAUCUCAUUUUGCCCAGUAUCCGAGAUUAGACCUUGCUGUUCAGAAGCUUGUGGAAGGACAACCUUUCCAAGAUAUGUUGGCCAGCUUUAAAGAGCUUCUCUUGCCACCUGGACUUCUGAAAGAGCUGUUACCAAUACCAAGAGACAAAAUCACUUAUGUAACAAUAACAGAAGUUGGUCUUCUGUCAAAAGUUCAGGGAUUUCUCGAGGAGAUCACCGCAUUGGAAUGGGAUUGGUGGCCACUAUCGCCUAGAAUGAGACUACUGAAACCCAGUGAAACGCGUGUUCAUUGGGAGUGUGUAAGUCUAUCACUUCUACGCAAAGCUCGACACUAA